CAAGCCGCUUGUAGGACUGUAAACAAUGACGACAUAGAAAGAAGGAAAUUUUGACCUGACGUACUUUACGCUAGCUUGCGCUCCAACCCGCAAAGUUAGCCAUUAUUCACAGAGGUGUCGUUGCAAAUUAUUAACAGAUGCAUUUCGAGAUUAUAUGUUUUUUUGUCUGUCCUCUCCACACACCUAUUACCUUCACAGACACACCUCUGCUGACACACCUCCGUCCCUCCCGCUAGUUUUUUUUUUUAUUCACAUGUCCAAAUAUGGCGAUGACACUGAAAUCCAAGAUGGCGAAGGCAGCAAGACAACCGUCAGUUCUUUUGGUCAAAUGGCUAAUUCAGCAUUUGACUCCAUCCUUCUCCCGCUGUAACUCUAGUUAUUAAUACCUCAAAUGCCACAGUUUCUCCAGAUAAGUCAGCUCUGUGAGAUAUUUCGUGUCUUUUGGGGCUUCUAAGACUCAAAGCUGCUAAUUGGACCAACGGAAAACACGGACCGGAUUGUACAGGACUUCAUUACCCACAGAUGCCCUGCAUGCGUUGAUUAUGCUGUGAGACUUCAGACUCGAAGACGAUAAAGGGACACCAUGGAGCAUGAGCAGAACCCAUAGGUCCAUUUGGGUCUGUUUGAGUUUAAUGAUGGAUCCCCCGUUCCUGCCUCGGUCCAUUUGGACCGGUGACAGUAAAUUCCUGCAGCAUCCAGCGGAUCUGUACACCAGUGUGGUCGUUACGCGCAGCAUCCCUGCAGGCACAUGCUUUGGUCCCUGUGUGCUCCAAAACACUUUCUACGACACGAUCGCCUUCAUUGCGCAGAAAUCCUGCGACAAGAGAGCCAAGUCCUAUGUGUUCAGGGUGGACCCUGAGGCCAUGCGUAAUUCCGCUCUUGUGUUGUCCUGGCUCCGGCUCGUGCAAGCUGCGCGUAAUGGAGAGGAGCAGAACACGGAGGCCUUCCUGAAAGGGGGUCAGCUGUACGUGAGGACCAUCCGUGACAUUAGACAAGAGGAAGAGCUGCUGGUGUGGUACGACCUGGAGCUCUCUCACCUGCUGGGCUUCACAGACAUGACCAGAGGCACGAGUGAAGAUUUCAGAUGUGGAAGAUGUGACCAGGUCUUCAAGCACGAGUAUCCUUUCCUGGCUCACUGCAGGUUCCUGUGUACCCAAGUCAAGAGUGGCACCUGGAGCCGCGAGGUUUACGAGCAAAAGCACGUGGAAAUUAAAAGACAACAUCGAGUGACUGACUUCCACAACAUCGCCAGAGAUUUGGAACACAAGAGAUCUAAUGAGGAUGCGGAGAUUUCCCCAAAGAGAAGGAAAUACGAGGAAACUCUUUACCCCAAAGGACGGAAAGCGGUUCUUUUGGAGAAAACAAAUAUUUCAAAUGAUGAUAAUAUCACACAGAUGAGUAAGGGCUACGAGCAAGCAGCAGGAGAUGAACCUCCCUCUGCGGGGAAAGCUGAUAAAAUCAAAUCGAGUCAUUUGGGAUGUAAAGAUGAUACAGGGGAUGCCAAAGGGACUUUUACGCACGAGAGAGAGGCUGACGCACGAGUGGAGGCAGGAGAGAGCUCUAAUGUGCGCUCAAGCAGCAGCAGCGCCUUUUCUCUGGUUGUUUCCAACAGCCAAGGAGAGCAGAAAAGCGCCUUUUGUAAACCGAGUAAAAGAACUUCUCCUGUUGAGCCGCAGGCGUGCGUCAGCAGCGUUCCAACAGCCCCCUCUAGCCGCCUAGAGGAGAUGACUGACGCCUUUCCCUCCAGGACUGUUGUCGGAUACAACAACCUGAUGGCACCCAGCAUCCUGAGCUCUGACUUACAGACUGUGCCCUCCCCAGUCGCGUUAAAUAACUCGUUCCAUUACGCACCGGAACACUGGUCCAGGAGCAUCGGCGUCCAGCUGCAGACCACGUCCUCUCUCACGAUCCUGCCGCCGACUUUCACCUCAUUCGGGGUGUCUGUGCAGAACUGGUGCGCCAAAUGCAACCUUUCCUUCCGCAUGACGUCAGACCUUGUCUUCCACAUGCGCUCUCAUCACAAGAAGGAGUUCGCGGCGGAGUCCCAGGUGAGGAGGAGGAGGGAGGAGAAACUCACCUGCCCGAUCUGCCACGAAUACUUCAGAGAGCGGCACCACCUGUCCAGACACAUGACGUCACAUAACUGAAACAAAGCAAGGACAUAAAAAACUUUAUUUAUUUCCAACAUGAUGCUCAUAUUUAACAAGUUUAGACUCUGAAUCCACGCUGACUCUUUGGUGCGUAAAAGUGAAUGUAGUUAGCUGUAAAGAUAAGACAAAGCGGACACACGUCCCCUUCAACACCCUGCCCGCUAGAUGGCGGUAGAGGUGCGUGUGUGACUGAUCUCACUGCAGUUUGUUGUCUGUCCUGUAGGCCUGUAUGAUAGCUUGAUGAUUAUUUUGUGCCUUAAGGAGCUCAGGAGGAGAAAAAAGACGGGGAGGUCUCGAGGACAGCUUAUGAUUGUCAGAAAUGUCAAUCCUCUAAUUUAUCUGCUUCUGACUGUUCUGAUUUGUAAAAGAGACAUGGAUU